AUGGGCGUCCCCGACGGUACAACAACAAACGGCCACGGCAGUUCUCGCGCCGCUCGACACAACCUCCCCUCACAUUUCAUCGGUGGCAACCACUUGGACGCCGCGGCCCCGAGUGCUGUCAAGGACUUUGUCGCUCAAAAUGAGGGUCACUCCGUCAUUACAUCGGUUCUUAUCGCCAACAACGGUAUUGCGGCCGUCAAGGAGAUUCGAUCCGUCCGAAAAUGGGCCUACGAGACUUUUGGCAACGAGCGUGCCAUUCAAUUCACAGUGAUGGCUACGCCAGAAGAUUUGCGAGCGAACGCCGAUUACAUUCGUAUGGCGGAUCAAUAUGUCGAGGUCCCCGGUGGCACGAAUAACAACAACUACGCCAACGUCGAGCUGAUCGUCGAUGUUGCUGAGCGAAUGGACGUCCAUGCCGUCUGGGCUGGUUGGGGUCACGCCUCUGAGAACCCCCGGUUACCCGAAGCGCUCGCUGCUUCUCCCAAGAAGAUUAUCUUCAUUGGACCCCCCGCCUCUGCCAUGCGCUCCCUCGGUGACAAGAUUUCUUCCACAAUCGUUGCUCAACACGCUGACGUCCCCUGUAUCCCGUGGUCCGGAACUGGUGUUGACGAGGUGGUUGUUGACGAGAAUGGCAUUGUUACUGUGGAAGAGGAGGUCUACAACCGUGGAUGCACAUUCUCGCCGCAAGAGGGUCUCGAGAAAGCCCGGGAAAUCGGGUUCCCGGUCAUGAUCAAGGCCUCCGAGGGUGGUGGUGGUAAAGGUAUCCGCAAGGUCGAGAACGAGGAGGACUUUGUCACGCUGUACAACGCCGCGGCCAACGAAAUUCCCGGAUCCCCCAUCUUCAUCAUGAAGCUCGCCGGUAACGCUCGUCACUUGGAAGUCCAGCUGUUGGCUGAUCAGUAUGGUAACAACAUUUCUCUGUUCGGUCGUGAUUGCUCGGUACAACGGCGACACCAGAAGAUUAUUGAAGAGGCACCCGCCACGAUCGCCAACCCCACAACCUUCCAGGCUAUGGAACGCGCAGCUGUGAGCUUGGGUAAGCUGGUCGGUUACGUCUCGGCCGGUACCGUUGAGUACCUGUACUCUCACGCAGACGACAAGUUCUACUUCCUGGAACUUAACCCCCGUCUGCAGGUCGAGCAUCCUACCACUGAGAUGGUGACAGGCGUCAACUUGCCCGCCGCUCAGCUUCAGAUCGCCAUGGGUAUCCCUUUGCACCGCAUUCGCGACAUCCGUCUGCUCUACGGUGUUGACCCCAACACCUCGUCAGAGAUCGACUUCGAUUUCUCCAACGAAGAGAGCUUCAAGACCCAGCGCCGCCCCCAACCCAAGGGACACACCACUGCCUGCCGUAUCACCUCCGAGGACCCCGGUGAGGGUUUCAAGCCUUCCAGCGGAACUAUGCACGAAUUGAACUUCCGUAGUUCGUCCAACGUCUGGGGUUACUUCUCCGUCGGUACGUCGGGUGGUAUUCACAGUUUCUCCGACAGUCAGUUCGGUCACAUUUUCGCCUACGGCGAGAACCGAUCCGCCUCGCGAAAGCACAUGGUUAUUGCUCUCAAGGAACUGAGCAUUCGCGGUGAUUUCCGAACCACCAUCGAGUACCUGAUCAAGCUGCUCGAAACUCCUGCUUUCGAGGAGAACAAGAUUACCACCGGCUGGCUGGAUCAGCUGAUUUCCAACAAGCUGACUGCUGAGCGCCCCGACACCACCGUCGCUGUUCUGUGCGGUGCUGUCACCAAGGCUCACCAGGCUAGCGAGGAGCGCCUCGAGGAAUACCGCAAGGGCAUCGAGAAGGGCCAGGUCCCCUCGAAGGACGUCUUGAAGACCGUCUUCCCGGUGGACUUCAUCUAUGAGGGUAAGCGGUACAAGUUCACGGCCACACGUGCCGGUCUUGAUAGCUACCAUCUGUUCAUCAACGGCUCCAAGUGCUCCGUUGGUGUCCGUGCCUUGGCUGAUGGAGGUCUCUUGGUUCUCCUGAACGGUCGCAGUCACAACGUCUACUGGAAGGAGGAGGCCGCCGCUACUCGUCUCAGCGUUGACGGCAAAACUUGCUUGCUUGAGCAGGAGAACGACCCUACUCAGCUCCGUACCCCCUCUCCCGGAAAGCUCGUCAAGUUCACCGUUGAGAACGGCGAGCACGUCCGUGCUGGCCAGCCUUUCGCCGAAGUCGAGGUCAUGAAGAUGUACAUGCCCCUUAUUGCGCAGGAAGACGGUAUUGUCCAGUUUAUCAAGCAGCCCGGAGCGACCCUGGAAGCUGGAGAUAUCCUCGGUAUUCUUGCCCUUGAUGACCCAUCCCGUGUCAAGCAUGCCCAGCCCUUCACUGAGCAGCUUCCUGAGCUUGGACCCCCUCAGGUCCUCGGUAACAAGCCCGCUCAGCGUUUCUUCCUUCUGCAUAGCAUCUUGGAGAACAUCCUCAAGGGUUUCGACAACCAGGUUAUCAUGAACAGCACCCUCAAGGAGCUCAUUGCUGUUCUCCGUGACCCGGAGCUGCCUUACAGCGAGUGGAACGCCCAAUCAUCCGCCCUGCACUCCCGCAUGCCCCAAAAAUUGGACGCUCAGCUCCAGAACCUUGUGGAUCGUGCUCGCGCUCGCAAGGCCGAGUUCCCCGCCAAGCAGUUGCAGAAAACCAUGGUGCGCUUUAUUGAGGAGAACGUCAACCCUGGUGACGCCGAGAUCCUGAAGACCACUCUUCUUCCUCUGGUUCAGGUCAUCAACAACUACCUCGAGGGCUUGAAGGUCCACGAGUACAAGGUCUUCGUUGGCCUCCUUGAGCAAUACGUUGCCGUUGAGAAGCUUUUCUCUGGCAGCAAGGCCCGGUACGAGGAUGGUAUCCUUGCCCUUCGUGAAGAGCACAAGGACGAUGUCGCUGGUAUCGUGCAGACCGCUCUCUCCCACAGCAGAAUCGGAGCCAAGAACGAUCUCAUCCUUGCUAUCCUGUCCAUCUACCGCCCCAACCAGCCUGAGAUGGCCAAUGUCGGCACAUACUUCAAGCCCGUCCUGAAGAGCCUGACGGAGAUUGAGUCCCGCGCUGCUGCCAAGGUCACCCUCAAGGCCCGUGAAGUCCUCAUUCAGUCCGCCCUUCCAUCUCUCGAGGAGCGCUUGUCCCAGAUGGAGCUCAUCCUCCGUCAGUCUGUUGCCGAGUCUCAGUAUGGUGAGACUGGUCUCACCCACCGUGAGCCUGAUUUGUCCGCCCUGAAGGAGGUUGUUGAUUCCAAGUACACCGUUUUCGAUGUCCUCCCUCGAUUCUUCGUCCACAAGGAUGCUUGGGUCACGUUGGCGGCUCUUGAAGUGUACGUGCGCCGUGCGUACCGUGCCUACACCAUUCAGGACAUUCAGUACUCUGCUGAAGGCGAGCCUCCCUUCCUUGCUUGGGACUUCACUCUGAGCAAGCUUGGUCAGCCCGAGUUUGGUUCUCAAACUGCUGUUACCCACCCUUCUACUCCCGGCACACCUACUGCUGAAAUCAACCCCUUCAAGCGCAUCAACUCCAUCAGCGAUAUCUCUAACCUCCUGAUCGAUAACCCCAACGAGACCCCAAGAAAGGGUGUUAUUCUCCCUGUCGAGUAUCUUGAGGACGCUGAGGAGCACAUUGCCAGGGCUCUGGAGGUGUUCCCCAAGGCCGGUGCCAAGAAGGACCACGGUCUGAUUGCCUCCCUUGAGGGCAAGCGUCGCCCCGCUCCUCGUGCGGACAACGAGAUCGAGCUCAGCGGAGUCUUCAACGUCGCCGUCCGCGAUAUCGAGGACCUCGAUGAUGCCCAGAUUGUCGCUCAGAUCAACAAGGUGCUCUCUGGAUUCAAGGAGGAACUGGUUGCUCGCCGCAUCCGUCGUGUCACUUUCAUCUGUGGCAAGAAUGGCGUCUACCCCAGCUACUACACCUUCCGUGGCCCCUCAUUCGAGGAAGAUGAGAGUAUCCGCCACAGUGAGCCUGCUCUGGCCUUCCAGCUGGAACUCAACCGUCUGUCGAAAUUCCGAAUUAAGCCCGUCUUCACUGAGAACCGCAACAUUCACGUGUACGAGGCUAUUGGCAAGGGUCCUGAGAACGACAAGGCUCUCGACAAGCGCUACUUCGUCCGCGCUGUGGUGCGUCCUGGUCGCCUUCGGGACGAUAUUCCUACUGCCGAGUACCUCAUCUCCGAAGCUGAUCGCUUGAUGAACGACAUUCUGGAUGCUCUGGAGGUCAUUGGCAACAACAACUCCGAUCUGAACCACAUCUUCAUCAAUUUCUCUCCCGUCUUCAACCUGCAGCCCAAGGAUGUCGAGGAGGCCUUGGCUGGCUUCCUUGACCGUUUCGGUCUCCGUCUCUGGCGUCUCCGUGUCACUGGUGCUGAGAUCCGCAUUCUUUGCACUGACCCCGCCACCGGCAUGCCUUACCCUCUCCGUGUUAUCAUCAACAACACCGUUGGAUACAUCAUCCAGGUUGAGCUCUACAUUGAGAAGAAGUCCGAGAAGGGUGAAUGGCUCCUCCACAGCAUUGGUGGCACCAACAAGCUCGGCUCCAACCACUUGCGCCCCGUUUCCACUCCCUACCCUACCAGGGAGUGGCUGCAGCCUAAGCGUUACAAGGCUCACGUCAUGGGAACCCAGUACGUCUACGAUUUCCCCGAGCUCUUCCGUGAGGCCUUCCAGAACAGCUGGGCCAAGGCAAUUGCCAAGGUUCCCAGCGUGGCUGAGCGCCGUCCUGCCCUUGGUGAAUGCAUGGAGUACACCGAGCUUGUCUUGGAUGAUGAGGACAACCUGAUUGAGAUUUCUCGUGGCCCCGGUACCAACACUCAUGGUAUGGUUGGUUGGCUCGUGACUGCCCGUACUCCCGAGUACCCCGCUGGCCGUCGCUUCAUCAUCGUUGCCAACGACAUCACCUUCCAGAUCGGUUCUUUCGGUCCUCUUGAGGAUAAGUUCUUCCACAAGUGUACUGAGCUGGCUCGCAAGUUGGGCAUUCCUCGCAUCUACCUCUCUGCCAACUCUGGUGCUCGCAUUGGUAUGGCUGAGGAGCUGAUCCCCUACUUCUCGGUUGCCUGGAACGAUGCCGAGAAGCCCGAGGCUGGAUUCAAGUACCUCUACUUGACCCCCGAGGUUAAGGAGAAGUUCGACGCCAGCAAGAAGAAGGAGGUCAUUACUGAGCUCAUCCACGAUGAGGGUGAGGAGCGCCACAAGAUCACCACCAUCAUUGGUGCUAAGGAUGGUCUCGGUGUCGAGUGUUUGAAGGGAUCCGGUCUUAUUGCCGGUGCCACCUCCAAGGCUUACGAGGACAUCUUCACCAUUACCCUCGUUACUUGCCGCUCUGUCGGUAUCGGUGCUUACCUUGUCCGUCUGGGUCACCGUGCCGUCCAGGUCGAGGGCCAGCCCAUCAUCCUCACUGGUGCUCCUGCCAUCAACAAGCUGCUCGGUCGCGAGGUCUACACUUCCAACCUGCAGCUCGGUGGUACUCAGAUCAUGUACAAGAACGGCGUCUCCCACAUGACCGCUGCCAACGACUUCGACGGUGUCGCCAAGAUUGUUGAGUGGCUUUCCUUCGUCCCCGAGAAGAAGGGUGCUCUGCCUCCCAUCCGCCCGUUCUCCGACACCUGGGAUCGUGAUGUCGCUUAUUACCCACCUGCCAAGCAGGCCUACGACGUCCGCUGGCUCAUUGCCGGUAAGGAGGAUGAGGAGGGUUUCCUUCCUGGUCUCUUCGAUGCCGGAUCCUUCGAGGAAGCUCUCGGUGGCUGGGCCCGCACAGUUGUUGUCGGUCGUGCUAGACUUGGUGGUAUCCCCAUGGGUGUCAUCGGUGUCGAGACUCGCUCCGUUGAGAACGUUACCCCUGCCGACCCUGCUAACCCCGACUCUAUGGAGAUGAUCACCCAGGAGGCUGGUGGUGUGUGGUACCCCAACUCCGCCUUCAAGACUGCUCAGGCUCUCCGUGACUUCAACAACGGUGAACAGCUUCCCGUCAUGAUCUUGGCCAACUGGAGAGGUUUCUCUGGUGGUCAGCGUGACAUGUACAACGAGGUCCUUAAGUACGGUUCCUACAUCGUCGACGCCCUCGUCAAGUACGAGCAGCCCAUCUUCGUCUACAUUCCUCCUCACGGUGAACUUCGUGGUGGAUCUUGGGUCGUCAUCGACCCCACCAUCAACCCCGACCAGAUGGAGAUGUACGCUGACGAGGAGGCCCGUGGUGGUGUCCUCGAGCCCGAGGGUAUCGUCAACAUCAAAUUCCGUCGCGAGAAGCAGCUCGACACCAUGGCCCGUCUGGAUCAGACUUACGGAGACCUUCGCCGCGCUCUUCAGGACAAGGACCUCACCAAGGAACAGCUCUCCGAGAUCAAGACCAAGAUGGCUGCCCGCGAAGAACUGCUCCUUCCUGUCUACAUGCAGGUCGCUCUGCAGUUUGCCGAUCUCCACGACCGCGCCGGCCGUAUGCAAGCCAAGAACACCAUUCGCCAGGCCCUGACAUGGAAGAACGCCCGCCGCUUCUUCUACUGGCGUGUGCGCCGCCGUAUCAGCGAAGAGUACAUCGUCAAGCGCAUGCUCCGCGCUGCGCCUUCCCCUGUUCCGGUCGAAGGCAGCGGUGCCAUCGCCUCCAACCAGUCCUCCGCUCCUACCUCGGACUCUCCCCGCGCCACUCACCUGCGCACCCUGCACUCAUGGACCCCCUUCCUCGAGGACGAACUCCAGAACGACGAUCGUCGUGUGGCCUCGUGGUACGAGGAGAACAAGGAGACGAUCCAGGAGAAGAUCGAGACCCUCAAGUCCCAGGCCGUCGCCUCGCAGAUCGCCGAUAUCCUCUUCAGCAACCGCGAGAGCGGCCUCAAGGGCAUCCAACAAGCGCUCAGCUUCCUCCCCGUCGAAGAGAAGGAAGCCGUCCUCAAGUACCUUGGCUCCUCCAACUAG